AUGGGCAUCGACCUACACGUGGUGGAGGACACGGAAGAAGCACGUCUCAUGACCGACAAGUACCCGCGACCACUGAAUGUGAUCGAGCGACCGCUGAUGGACGGAAUGGCUAUUGUUGGAGAGCUUUUCGGUUCUGGAAAAAUGUUUCUACCGCAAGUGAUCAAAUCAGCACGGGUGAUGAAAAAGGCUGUGGCGCACUUGAUACCGUUUAUGGACCAAGAACGUGAGGACAACAUAAAGAAAUUGGGAUUAUCUGCUGACGAAAGUCCCUAUCAGGGAACAGUUGUUCUCGCCACCGUCAAAGGAGAUGUCCAUGAUAUCGGAAAGAACAUAGUGGCUGUUGUUCUGGGAUGUAACAAUUUCAAGGUAUGUUCUCAUAAUAUUUUUUUCGAAUUGAAGUUCCAAUGUGCCUUUCAAAAAAUGAAUAGAUUAAACAAAGCGCGAAACAUUGCUUCCACUGAUUGCAUAGCAUAUUGCGUUAAGAGCUAUCAAUGGAGGGGGGAAGCAUGGCGCGCCCCAUAA